CGGAAUGGAAAAGAGUUAAAAAUCAGACGGACCGCAACUUUAAAGUAUUAAACUACAUCUUUAUGCUUUUAUUUUGAAAGAUGUCCUCUAACCGGAAGUCAGGUCUUGUGAAGCUACGCGGUUCGUUUUGGGACAGAACUGGUCAACUUUGACCGUAAAGAACCUUUAACCUAUCAGGGACUUUGAACGGGUCCCACGUAACUUCGGGAAGAGGACAACAAACAGUUUAGCUGGUGAGGAACCGCAGAAUAACUUCAGCUGGACCAAAGUACGGAGCUAAGCUCAGCUAGCCGGAGCUAACCGGCUAACAAUGGCUUUAAUGCGAAGCUGCUGACCAAACGGAACCGAACCAGAGCCGACCCAGGUUCAGGUUUGGACGAUUUAAACUGGAUCAGAGAGCUGAUGGCCCGCUGCUGACGUCAGUAGAUAAACUCACCUGGACAGGAUGCUCCAGGGCCUUCUGAGCAACCCGGACCGGGACCGGCCUCUGGUCCGGGUGCCCUUCACCAUCUUUGCCGUGGCGACAGUUCUGCUCCCGCUGAUGGGCCUCCUGGUCUGCCUGGUGACCUCCAUGCUGUACCACUAUGAGGACGCCACCUACACCCACUGCCAGGUGUCCAACUACCUGCCUUCCAUCAGCUCCGCCAUCAGCCGGGCCCCGGAGCUCUACAUCUGGCGCAGCUGCAUCGGCCUCCACUCUGCGCCGCGCUAUCUGGUGGCCGUGGCCUACUUUAACUUCUACCGCUGCCGCUUCGCCGCCAGGCUGCCGGAGCUGCUGCUGAGCGGCCUGGUUCUGAUCUGCAGCGUGGCGGAGAACACGGGCCUGGUUCUGCUGACCUACGUGGCGUCCACCGAAGAGUACAAGGUCCAUAAGUACGGCUUCAUCGUCUUCAUAGCGUGCUCGCUGCUGCACAUGCUCAUCACCUGCUGGCUGUGGUACGUCAUCAAGAGGCAGUACGUCAACCCAGAGGAGAAGACGUCCUUCCUGUGGAAGACCCGCCUCUUCCUGUUCAACGUCAGCUGCUGCGCCAUCGCUGCCUACUUCUUCAGACGCCACAAUAAAUACUGUGAGGAGGGAGUCUACACCCUGUUCGCCUUCUUCGAGUACAUGGUGGUCUUCUCCAACAUGGCCUUCCACAUGACGGCCUUCUGGGACUUCGGCAGCACUCAGGUGAUGGUGGCCACGCUGCCGGAGGAGAAACGCUUCUGACCCGGACAUGAUAAUGGAUUCUGAGGGAUCACAAUGAGGUUCUGAUGCAGAACCGGAUUCACAGCUCCACCAGCGGUUAACUUAACAAGAACUAGAAAUUAGGAGGGAAACGGUUCUGGUUCGCUGACGGGGUCCGGACAGACCAACAGUUUUAACAGAUCAGGGACAGAACCAUCGGACCAGAACAAUCUAGCAAACCGUUGCCCAAUGGAUCCCACAGAACCGUGGAUCUUUUCCCCUGCAGGAUUGAAACCUUCAGGAGGUUCUGUUUGACAUAAUUUCCAUAGCAGGAGUGGAAAGAAUAAAGCUUCCUGUUCGGAUCAGUCUGGUUCUGUUCACAGAAAAGAAAAGGUUCUGCCACAUGACAUGGAACUGGUUUCUCCUGGCUUCCAGCAGAACCUCGGUUCAGAACAUCUUUUUAUUUAUUCUUAGAAUUUAAUAAAUUUUUAAACUCAAAGGAAUUUUUUUUCUGAUUUUUAUAAAAAAUAAAAGCCUAACAUAAAAACCAUGAUAGGGCUAAUUUCACAGGGUUACCAUGGUGAUAAGAUGCCAUAGCGGUACUGCUGUCAGUCUGGGCCAAGAUCAGGAAAUCAGGAUCUUUAGUCAGCAGAAGGACUAAUGACUGCUCUAGAUGACUGGACUUUAGAGGCCCAGUAGACCAGAACCAGGAGAAAAUGUGGCACCGUUACCCGUCAGACCGGACCUGCAGCAGCCCAGAGCGGGCUUCAUGUCCUGCUCUCGAGGUUUCACCUGGUGAAUCUUCUGUUUUAUAAUCCUCUCACCACAACAGGUUUUCCUUCCACUCAAUUUUCUACUAACAUUGGAUACAGUGAGCAGCCUUCAGUUGCCUAAAAAUAUUCAAAUGCUCAAACAUUCAAAUAUUUGAUUUAUUCAAAGAAAGAAUAAAUAUUU